UUGCAUUCCGAACAAAUGAAACGUUUUCAAUAAAUUCGUCCGCAAACACCUGGUCGCGUAGCAGUUCACUAGUAACUCUCACUAGUCUUGGAAGAUAUUAUUUGAAACAGUCCUGUUGUCAAAUAAAAUCGACUAAGCUCAACGCUCACCGGAACCGGCAACGAAGAUGACCAACACACUGAUCCCUACAUCUGCCGAUCCGAAAGAAAAGAACAGCGAACAUUCUUCGGAUGCCAUGUCUGUUAGCAAUGACGUUGAAAGCAAUAGCAGUAUUGAUUCCAGAAGGAAUAAGGCUCAAUCAGAGACAUCUGAUAGCCCAAGUGUUGACAGUGUCCCGGCACCAGCAUCAGCCGAAGAGGAUCCAUGGGCGAUUGUUGAGCUCGUCGACAAUUCUGAAAAAUGGGAAGAUAUGAGCACGAAAGCCAAAGUAAUCCGAGUGGUGACCAACGUCUCGAAAAUACUUGCUGCUAUUGGCUUACUGUACUUCUUCAUCUGCUCGCUAGACCUACUUUCCAGCGCAUUUCGCCUGAUAUCUGGAAAAACAGCUGGUACAAUUUUCCAGCAGAGCGAGCUCAUGCAAAAUCCUGUCGUUGGAUUGAUGAUUGGCAUUUUAGUCACCGUAUUGGUUCAGAGUUCUUCCACGUCAACUUCCAUCAUUGUGAGCAUGGUCGGAGCUGGUGUUCUGACCGUUGCAAUGGCAAUCCCAAUCAUCAUGGGUGCCAACAUUGGAACUUCAGUUACUAACACCAUCGUUUCCUUUACUCAAAUCGGCAACAAAAAUGAAUUUAGAAGAGCCUUUGCUGGCGCAACGGUACACGACAUGUUCAAUUGGUUGACAGUGAUCGUUCUUUUUAUCGUUGAAGUCGUUUGCCAACCCAUCUUCGGUGUUGGCUACUUGGAGUGGUUGAGUGGCGUCAUCGUCAACGGAGUCAACACGUCUUCUGGCGAAGGAGAAAUAAAAAUUUUGACGGUAGUAACAGAUCCUUUCGUAGACCUUAUCAUACAGUUAGAUUCGAAAGUGUUAAAAGGCUGGGCUAACGAUGAUCCUCGUUACGAAAAUGCUUCGCUAAUUCAGCAAUGUGGCGGAAAUGUCACCGACCCAAUACCAUGCGACGGAGAAUUUCUAUUUGAAGACACCGGAAUGGAAGACUGGGCUGUGGGAUUAAUUCUUCUGGCCAUUUCACUGAUCAUACUUUGCAGCUGCCUUAUUUUCCUUGUCAAGAUCCUCAACUCCAUGAUGCAAGGACACAUUGCUAACGUCAUCAAACGCGUGAUCAACGCCAAAAUCCCUUACGUUCCAUGGCUCACCGGUUACAUAGCCCUUGCUGUCGGAGCUGGAAUGACUUUCAUAGUUCAGUCUAGCUCUGUCUUUACAUCAGCGCUUACUCCACUUGUUGGUAUCGGUGUUAUAUCGCUAGAGCGAGUCUAUCCGCUCACUUUGGGGUCCAACAUUGGUACGACAACAACAGCCCUUCUUGCCGCUUUAGCAGCUUCGCCAGAUGCGCUGCACGACACCUUGCAAAUAUCUUUGGUCCAUCUAUGCUUCAACGUCACUGGCAUCUUACUUUUCUAUCCUAUCCCAUUCAUGCGGUUUCCGAUUCCAAUGGCUAAGUUUCUCGGCAACGAAACUGCCAAGUAUCGAUGGUUCGCCAUUCUCUAUCUAGUAGGAAUGUUCUUCUUCUUGCCUGCUAUAGUUUUGGGUCUUUCCAUUGCUGGCACCAUCGCAUUGCUAGUCGUAGGCGUUCCGGUCUUAAUUGUUUUGAUCGCCAUAGCCGUCAUCAAAAUUUUGCAGCGAAAGUGGCCUUUUCUUUUGCCUUCCGUCAUGCGGGAUUGGAAGUGGCUGCCUGUUGGAUGUCGAUCCCUGGAGCCGUACGAUCGCCAGUUCGCCAAAUGCGCUUGCUGUAACAAGUUUCGACAGGGUGAAGAUAGUAAAGAAAACAACACGACGAGUUCCGUUGUUCUCGUCGAAUCGGAAAGUUCAACCGAUUUGAAUCAGACAACCUGAAAAUUAAUCGAGUUUCCAUCUCGUCCUAAGACUACCUGUAAAACAAUGGCGACCGCAAUAGGUACAAGGCCAUAAGCUACGCAACAUUUUUAUCGACCAUCCGGUAUACUGAAAUGAUGGGAUUAGGUUACAUUUCGUGUCUUCGGAAAAUUUAUAAACCAAUGGUGUAUUCUCAAAUAAUUUUGCGGUUGUUUUAUUUUUCAAGUUUUUUUUGCUUGAUUUGGCACUGACCACAUUCAAACGUACCAUUGGCUAUACUGCCUCAAUAAAACUAGCAAGAG